GUCAGCAUGAGCCAAACCCUGUGUAGCUGAUUUUACGUGCGCAGCUACACUGGACAUUACCGACGUGUGUCAACAGUGCUGUGCUAAACAGCGCGAAGCCGGGCCGAAAUGAUUUCCAACAAGCCCAUGUUUUUGGAGCAAAGGCUACUAGGUUUUAUUCAGAUUCUUGUUAGAUGCCAUUUAGCUAGCUAGCUGAAUAAAUAAAGUAUCGUCUUCUGUCACAUCUCAGUCCGGCCUUCAGAGUGAGGAGGCAAUGAACCAACUGAGUGUCCGUCGCUGGACGCCAAAACACGUCGCCAAGUGGCUGAAAGAAGAGGGAUUCUGUGACUAUGUGGACCUGCUGUGCAACAAGCACCGGCUGGACGGCACCAGUCUGCUCGCCCUCAGCGAGUACGACCUCCGCUCACCACCUCUGGAGCUCAAAGUGCUGGGGGACAUCAAGCGGCUGAUGGUGUCCAUACGCAAACUACAGAAACAGAACAUUGAAGUGUUGGAGGAGCUGGGUCUUCCCUUUGAUGGCCACUCUCCCACAGGGUCUGGAGGUAGUUUGGACUGGCUGUGUAACGGUGACCCAACCAGAGACUGUGACAGCACUGACACAGCACCUGUGGGAGAGGAGUAUCACCAGUACACUAAUGGAAAGUACAAGCAGCAGCCAAGGCGCCUGGAUCCUGAGUACUGGAAGACGGCGCUAAGCUCCAUUUAUGUGGUGUUCGUGUUUGGGUUCACAUCCUUUGUCAUGGUUAUAGUACAUGAGAGGGUGCCUGACAUGCGCACAUACCCUCCACUGCCAGAUAUUUUCCUAGACAGUGUGCCUAGAAUACCUUGGGCCUUUGCCAUGGCUGAAGCAUGUGGGGUGAUCCUGUGUAAUGUCUGGUUGCUGGUUCUGCUGCUCCAUAAACACAGGUCCAUCCUCUUGCGGCGCAUGUGCAGCCUCAUGGGAACGGUGUUCAUGCUGCGCUGCAUCACCAUGUUUGUCACUUCCCUGUCUGUGCCAGGACAGCACCUGCAAUGCUCAGGAAAGAUGUAUGGUGACACGUGGGCCAAACUGCAGCGAGCUGUGGCAAUCUGGAGCGGAUUUGGGAUGACCCUGACAGGCGUGCAUACAUGUGGUGACUACAUGUUCAGCGGGCACACUGUGGUCAUCACUCUGCUCAACUUCUUUGUCACAGAGUACACUCCCCGAAGCUGGAACUUUAUUCACACACUGUCAUGGGUCUUAAAUCUCUUUGGCAUCUUCUUCAUCUUGGCUGCACACGAACACUACUCCAUCGACGUGUUCAUAGCGUUCUACAUCACUACCAGACUCUUCCUGUACUACCACACUCUGGCCAACACCCGGGCCUACCAGCAGAGUCGAAGAGCUCGCAUCUGGUUCCCCAUGUUCUCCUUCUUUGAGUGCAACGUCAACGGGCCCGUCCCCAACGAGUACUGUUGGCCCUUCACUAGACCUACUGUGAUUCGGAAGUUUAUUGGAAAAUGAGCUGGUGCAGCGGUUCUGUCAGACACUUCUUAGCCUUUGCUGUUUAGUCUGCUUUGUCAAGUUGCCAACUGAGGCGGUGUGUGAUGUCUUCAUCAACAAAGACUACUGUUGUGAUCCUGUUAGCACCGAGGCCUGAUGGGAUACACUGAGCCAUACCUUCUUAUGUUCUACUAGGAUUUCUCUUCUAACCUUCUUCUACUUCUCUGUCACCUUUUUAAGUCAGAUCAAACUCACAUCUGACAGAAUUUCUUAAAAGCCCCAUCAAAACUCAGCUUUUUUUUUUAUGGUGAACACAGAGAGGAUGUGUCUAAUGUAUUAGUUUCUUAUUUCUCCUCUAAAGGGAUGUCAUUUUAUGCAUUUUUAAGUACUUCCCAACUUAAAGACUAACUCUUAAGCCUGUUAUAGUAUUUUGAUAGCACAUGAUAAAAGGAAGCCGCAUCAAGAAAUUCUCAGGCAUUCGUGUACCUAAUCUUUCACAGCAGUAGGCCAUUUUCUGCGCAAUUUAAAAUCCCUGAUCAUUUCAAGGUUAGGAUCUUAACAUUUUGUCUAACUUUAUAAUUAAUCAAAACAAAACUAUAUGGACCACUGUUGAAGCAAUAUUCAGUAAGACAUUACACUGUUGCUUUUUCCUGUAUAGCAAAAAUAUUGUUCAUCAUUUUGAGAAACAGAUGUUACAUUAUGUUGUUUGGAAGUCUUUGUCAUUCCUUAAAAUAAUGCUUACAUUUUCGAUAAUGUUACUAAGUGUUGACACUAAUCCAUGGCUUAAUAAAAGAUUCAGUUUGUUAAAAGUAUGAUAAUUUCAGCCAAAAUCAUGGAAUCAAAGAUGUAUUUCCAGUUGUCUUAAAUAUAAUUCCAAUUGCCAAUUACCUUGAGUGUUAUGAUAGAUUUCUCUGUGUAGAAAUGUUGAAUUUUUUUUUAUGUGAGAUAGUUGUAUAGUGCUUUUUUAAAUCAUCAUAAAGUGUAGAUGAUUAACAUCCUUUACCUUAAAAUGUAGUUCUUACAAAUGAUCCUCAAAUUUGUAUGUACCUGUUAAUAUUAAUUUAUUUCAUUUUGUAACCGUCGAUAGGUAUUUUUAUAUUUCAUAUACAGUGUUACAGCAACAUGCACAUGGAGAAAUAGGUUUACAGUUGCUCUUAACUAUGUAUUUAUUUGAAACACAAUGUGCUUUUUGAGUGUUAUGUUGAUUUAGAUAGGCCUCUACAUCUAAUUGAGUGAAACCUGCCACUGUAUUAAGAGACAUGUUUUAAUUGAUGUGGUCAUUACAGCAUGUUAAAAACAUUGUAUUUCUCAAUGGAGUUGACAGUCUAUAACACAUCCUUUCAUUGAGGAGUGAUGCUGCUCUGUUAUAAUGCUCACGCAAAGCCACAAUACUAGUUUCAUUUCACAGUCAGUCAUUUCCAUCAUUAAAGAGUUAAAAUCAAA